CUUACAUCGUUUAAUCCAACGUUAAAUGAAAUAUGCAUGUUUUGUUUAAAAAACUGUUUUUGUGCACAUAAAAUGAAUAAAUAGCUAAAUGUGCCACGUGCAACGCUAAAAACUUUCUCGGACAAUUUUCUGACUGCACACUAUUGUCAACAAUGACGGCGACUGCGUUUAAGGUUCCAUCAAACACACCUCAAGCUUAUGUUGCUGGUGUAGAAGAAACUCUCCAGAUAAUGAAAGAACACACUGAGAAUCGAAGUGACAAGCAUCAGUGGGGCUUAGGCGACUUUGAGAUUGGUGCUCCCCUUGGUAGAGGCAAGUUUGGCCGAGUUUAUUUGGCACGAGAAAAGAACACUCACUACAUGGUGGCUCUGAAAACCCUCUUCAAAUCCGAACUUGUAAAGAACAGAGUAGAAAAGCAGGCGCUCAGAGAAAUAGAAAUUCAGUCGCACUUGAGGCAUCCUCACAUCUUACAACUCUUGACGUACUUCCACGAUGACAAAAAAAUUUACUUGGUGUUGGAGUUUGCAGCUGGAGGUGAGUUAUACAAGGAACUCAAGAGGCAGCCCAAAGAGCGGUUUAACGAGCAGCGAUCCGCAAAAUACGUGUACCAAGUAGCGGAUGCUUUGGAGUACUGUCACAUGAAUAAUGUCAUUCAUCGAGACAUUAAACCCGAAAACUUACUCCUUACUUACAACGGUGACGUCAAAUUGGCGGAUUUUGGCUGGUCGGUUCACGCACCCACGACGAAACGUGCCACAAUGUGCGGUACUCUCGACUAUUUACCGCCAGAGAUGAUUAACGGACAAAAGUACGACAUAUAUGUGGACCACUGGUGCCUGGGAAUACUGUGCUACGAGUUUUUGGUCGGAUGUCCACCUUUUUUAAGCGAAACCAGUGAUGAGACUUAUGCAAAGAUCAAAAGGAUCGAUGUAACCUGGCCUCCACAAAUCAGCCCAGGAGCCAGAGACUUGAUCUCAAGACUGAUCAAAGCAAAUGGUGCCGAGAGAAUCCCGCUAAAGUAUGUAAAGUCACAUUUCUGGAUCGUUGAAAACAAGGAUUUGGCCAGAUAGAAAUAGGAAACGAACAUUCAACUUUUAAAUGCUUCAUUUUUUUCUCAUACAUUUUUAUCUGUAAGAAUUUUGUUUGUUUGUAUGAAAAAAAAAAAAAAAAAAACCGUGAAUGUAAUGAAAUGUACUUUUAAAUCAGUAUGAGUGAUAAAAUUUUUAUCUGUUA